CCAACUUACGCCGCCCGCCUUGCGCGCGCGCAGCCCAAAUGAUAGACGUCGUACAGACAGACAAGAGGGCAAACAACCCUCCGGUAAUAGCCGGUUUGAUAUGGACAGUGAAGUGGAAAGUUAAAGUGCAGUGCAAUGCCUAGAAAACGCGUCAAUAGAUCACCACCCGUUGACAAAAGGUCUGAUGAACAAGAUGAUGAUGAUUUCUUGUUCGACGAUACGCAAUCUAGCUCUGGACGGAGUUCACACGAGCCUCAACAUAGGAACGCGGCUAACGCCCGGGAACGGGCCAGAAUGAGAGUCCUCUCUAAAGCAUUUUGCAGGUUAAAGACGACGUUGCCGUGGGUGCCUGCGGACACGAAGCUAUCAAAGUUGGAUACGCUUCGUCUAGCUGCCUCGUACAUCGCGCACUUACGCGCGUUGCUCGCGCCGCGCUCUGCGCACGCGCCGCCGCACCCACUCAGCCUGGCGUGGCCAUUUGCAUUUCAACAUGGUGGCACUCUAAGUUGUGCUAUAUCACAAAGAUGGAGUAUAAAUACACAGUCUAACGACGGAGCCGGCGAUAGUCAUCGAAAUAAUAACCUGCAAGUUCAGGAGAAUCUUACUAACGUUAAUAAUGAUAACUAUAAUCAAGAUUACUCAGAGAAUGACUACGACGAAAGAGGUUAUGACGAAAGAGGUUACGACGAAAGAGGUUACGAAGAAAGAUGUUACGACGAAGUAAAUGAACCUUCAACGACCACGAUGCAAUAUUGUAAUUACGGAUAUAAAGAAAGUUAUUACGAAAUGAGAAAUUCGCAUAAUUGUGAUACUCUUAUGAAUAACGCGUAAUUGAGAACAGAUUAUAUAUAG